GACUGCCCUAUAUCUAAUAUACUGCUACAGGGCGGCACCUGUGCGCAAAACCACAUAUAUAUACACGUGAUUUUGCAUUUGCGGGUAAAAACCGCAUCGCCAUUCGGUGCCGCGGAUGUCAAUCACCGUGUCCUGGUCGGUAAUUACCUGCUGGCGCCCUGUGAUUACCGAGCAUCUCUGACGGGGAGGAAGAUUGUUUUGUUUACAAUCUUUCUCCCUGUCAGCUCGAGCACACUGCUCGGGAUGGCUAUGCACAGUACAGCCAUCCCGAUCAGUGUGCUUACAGUGAAGAACACACCCCCGCCCCCUAGUAAAACACCCACAGCACACAGUUAACCCUUUCAUCACCCCUCACAUUAACCCCUUCCUGUCC